AUGCAUCAAGAAAGAAAUCAGUCGCACCUAGUCACAUCCACAGCAACAGUGUAUCUAAGUGAUACAACCGUACUGAUUUGUUCAUGGGCAUUGUACACUGUGUUGUGUCAGGUCAUUAAUAUAUUUGGCAUUAUCACGAAUACUAUCAAUAUCGUUUGUUUUGUAAAGCAAGGUUUCCAGGAUUCCACAAACAUUAGUCUGUUAGGUUUGUCGUGUUCAGAUUUAGUUAGCCUCCUAACACUGGCUUUGACCUGCAUCUUCCUCUGCCCCGCUUUUGCUGCAGCAAAUUUACCAUUUGAGAUCUACGAUGUAGCUUACCUGGCAUCUGGGACACCCCAUUUUGCAUUCACUCGAGUGAGCAGUUGUAUCACAGCAUUAAUAACGCUGGAAAGAUGUUUGAGUAUAUCUAAGCCGUUACAG